GCACACGAAACGUAAGUAACAUACGACCGCCUCGUUGUGCGAUUUGCCAUUGCGAGGACUUGAGCACAACUCUCUAAUGUUUUCCUGACUUUAUUCUUAUCCAUUCUUUAAUCCUACCUCUCAAUCUCGACGUCGAAAUUGUAAAGCUCUUCGCAAGAUCUCCACUGCGGCUCAACUUCCCAGACCAUGUUUGAAGAUACUACCAUUCCCGGAGACGGUUCGUCUGGAACGACCGCCUCUCAAGCUGAUUCGAUCCAUAUCAACUCAAUUAAUGCUGUAAACUUACAACCUGAACUUCCGGAAGUUCCUACCAAAGCAAGGGCAGGAGGGGACGAAGAAGCGCUUGAAUCUCAUCAAGUUAUCGAGUUACAGAUUUUUAGUGAGAGGAAGGCAUGGAUUGAGGAAAAGAUUAAGCUUCUCGAACAAAUGCCACCAAUCGAAGUUUUUGUUGGAUUGGAUGCCGUUCAAGCCUCUGCAGAGGAAGUUCCUGGCCUCCCCACACGCGAGGAGCUAAAAAAAUGGCUUGCGGAGCACGAUACGCUUGAGAAAGAGACCGAAAUAUUUGAUACAGGUGAACUCAAGAAGCUACGGAAUUUCACGAGAGCCGCCACGCAAAGAAAUCUGUCUCCUGAAGAUACUGAUUUGAUUGAGCUGACGCUAACGACCAUUUAUGCCCUCGACAAAUUGUUACAUCUCUUACGGGACCGCUCGGAAACGUUGGAUUUAUUAGGAGUGCGGCUCUCAUGGGAAGAGAAUCGGAUAUCCAGCUGGGUUGAACGUCGGAAAAUCAUUGCAGAUCUACAGGCAUUCCUAGAAUCCCGCGCGCAAUGGUCUGCCUUAGUCUACGACAACCCACCCAAAACUGAUCCUACUCUUGAGGAUCACCGGCGAGGCUCUGUAAGCUCUUUAGCGUCAGUUGCUUCUGACACAUCAAUCAACUCUCCUGCCUUCUCUCGGAGUACACGCUUCAGACUCGCGGAAUUACUUUCUCGGGACGCUGCUACGUUGUCUGCCCGUGUAUCGUCACUGCGCCACGGGAGCGUAGCAGCUUCCGGCAAAUUCCUCGAUAAGUUGAUCGACAACAGUCGAAAGCCAGUACCCGAAGUUCUGUUGGAUGAACAAGACAGAAUCGACGAGAAAUGUGUAAAUGAUAUGGAAAACAUAGGCAAGUUUGUGUUGAAUGUCGUAAUGCAAUGGAGAAAAGCUGAUGAGAUUUAUGUUGAAACCAUGAAGGAUCAAUUCGCUGCCCAGACACUUCUAGAAGACAUUGAGAGUGCGAUGAUGCAGCAACCAACUGCUCGCCAGAGCGCUGCAUUCAUGAGUCGCUCAGACGCAUUGCUGAAGCGGCUACUGCUUCGAGGAAACCCUGCAUCAUCCACGAGUACCUUUCCGCGUCCUUCCCAUCCCUUGUUUACCCAACAAUCCGAAUUCAAUGAGUCCCUAGCACGAACGCUCUCGUCCGAGAUCAAGAGUACUACCGAACUUUUGCGGAACGUGGAAUCCCUUACCAAAAUGUACCGGGCCUCAUAUGAUGCUGUCAGUCGCGUGGAAACGUUGAAUGAGGCCGUCUCAUCACUGAUAUUCACUUUCCAAUCCAUCAUUGAUCGUUUGGAAAAUGGGAUAGCGUCGAGCGAAGGCGAUGGCACGCCUCCUACUCUCAUGUCGAAUGAAUGUUUGGAUCCGAGUCGCCAUUCCGUCUUCAUUGCACUCCUUCCCUCCCUGUUAGACGAACUCGCAAAAACAGACCAUUCCGCCUCGGAGUUAGUCCGUCAAGUUCCUGCCGCACUGCUACAUCUAGACUUUCCAGGUGUGGAUCAGGAAUUCAAAACGAAUGCAUCUACUCAACUUUUACGGCUAAAAACCAUUCGCGAGCGAGCGCAGCGUUUGAAUGAGGUUACGGUCGGGCGUGUGGGGAGGUUGCGCGAAGCCAGGAGGAUUUGGACUACAAUGGAUGCGACAUUGAAGGAAGUGGAAGCUAUUCGACGAGAAGCCGUUGAUGAGAUAGAUAGAUGUCGAUGGCGUCAGGACACUACAACUAACGUCAACGGAGCUCCUCCCACGCCGGAAAGCCCUUCUACCGUCCCUCUUCCAUCGGAUUCCCUUCAGCAAUAUACAGAACUGGAACACCAAAUGACCCAACUUGGGGCCCGAUUGCAAACAGCGGUAGACGAUCCGCUCACCUCUCUUUCCACAACACUGGAGUUACCACUCAAAGAACCCCUAUCACAGAGCGCUCAAAAUCUGAAAUCCCAUUCCAUCCGUGUCCAGCGAAUGAUAGAUUUGCUACGGUCCAUACACAAACAGACUACAGUGAUGAACGGAAUCCGGGAAGAGUUCAAUGCUUUACAACUCCGUCUUGAUGACAUUAUGACACGUUACGAAUCCAAAACUGAAAACGUCCUUGAUGAUACACCUAUAGACGAGCAAGUGUCGGAUACGGAUGAAUCUCUGAGCAGCGAGUUUGCUGCUACUCGCUCGAACACCAUGGUGUUUAUUAACAACCUUGCCCAGCGAGUUCCACUUGUUGGCUCAUCAUCGCAAGUCCCUAUCGUUAAGCGCUCUUUUUCUACCAUCGAUCUCACAUCUACAACACGGCCCGAAGGUCUGCUCAUUGAGCUUCCCUUUGACCUUCAUUCUGUCGAUGACUCAGUCCGUGCAGACUGCAAUUCAUAUACCAUGCGACUCAAUGGUCAAGUUCACGCUCUAGAACAGAAAGUCCACCAUUUCCACCUAUCGCAAAUCGCCAAAGAAUUAGAUGCCUCCACGUCCGCCUUGCUCAACGAGAUUGAUCAAGCAUCUUCACAAUUUACUACUCUUCACGGAACCUUCACCGGUCUUCAAAAUGCAAUAGAUGUUAUCAAUUCUUUAACGAAAAUGACAGCUGAUAUCGAGCAGUCGUCUUCCACUCAUCGAAGCAGGCUUAAUCGUUCGUUGACCGCAGUUCGCGAAAUACAUCGUCGACUCGAAUCCGCUCCCGGUAUCCUCGAUAGCAACGUUCAUGAUAGGGUGCUUCUUUCCAGAACGAGGGGUAUCAGUCAAUUGGAAGGUCAAAUCACUUCUUGGGAAGCAAAUAUCGAGUCGCUUCGUGCUCGGGUAGUCGCUGCGCAAGAAGCAGCUGUAUAUCGAAUGCAACGGGAAAAGGAAGAAGAGGAAGCGCGCCUGGCGGCGGAACGGGAGAGAGUAGCCAAGGAGGAAGCUGAACACGCACAAGCGGAAAAGUUCAGACAAGAGGAGGAAGAAAGGAGAAGACUAGAGCAGGCACGUUUGGCUGAAGAAGAAGAGAGAGCUAGAUUAGAGAUGGAGCAGCAAGAAGAAACGGAAAGAAUCAGGUUGAAUGAAAUUCGGCUUGCAGAAGAGGCGCAGGCGAAAGAGGAGCAGAAAAAACUGGCAUUGGAAGAAGCAGAGAAGGCUCGAUUAGAGAAGGAGAGAAUAGAAAUGGUCUCGAAAUUGAAAGACACGGAAGGGAAAUUGCUUGCUGAACGUAAGCUUCAUGCUGAAAAAGAGCGCAUGGCGGCGGAGGAGGCUAGAAUGGCUCGACUGGAACGUGAAAAAUUGGAUGAAGAACGGAAUCAUGCUAUCAAGGAGCUUGAAGCAGCGAACAUCAGUCUUGAAGAAGAUGUUUUCGGUGUUCGUAUUACACCCGCCGAUGGUCAUUCUUCCAUGUCCACAGAAAUCAAAGACGUUCUCGCUCUUAUGGCUCGCCUCCGAAAGAGGCUUCGAUCCAUUGGAAUCAAUGACGCCGCACGACCUCAAUCAAGUAAUUCUGUUCUUCCCAGAGCAGACAGAGCUCGUGCCAUGCGGCAAGAACUUAUGGCACUCAAGCAAGAGGUUGGGUCGCUCCCCGACAAUGUGGAAGUUGUGUCUGUCAACGUUCAACUCAAGUCGCUGAGAAAUGAUAUAGAAACAUCUUUUACGUUACUGGAUCGCAUCGAUUGUCUAGCAGCCUUAUCUGAAGCUUUAUGCACUUGUGACGACGCAUUAAGCGAUCUUCUAGAACACAUCGACAGUUUCCCUGCAACACCGCUGGGUCCACUAUCAUCGUCUUAUACAAAUCUGUCCAGUUUGAUUCCCGAGGAGCAGCUCAGCGACAGAUUAUCUUUCACAAAAUCUACUAUCGAAGCCGUGACCAACGCGUUCGAGGUUGUGAAGGGGGACCCAAGAGCUAUUGUUGAGAACGAACGUGUUCUUCAGACUUGGAGUGAAUUAGAGGAAAUGGGUAAUGAUAGGGUCCAUGGUACGAAAUCCAGACCCAGCAGUGUAAUGAGCACCCAAAGUUCCGGACAUGAUAGUCGUGUCUCUUUAAACAAAUCUCAGCUCCGUUUCCAGCCUGGUCCAAGCACAAGUGCAAAAGCGCGAAAAUCCGGUAGCUACGCGACCCUAUCUGUGUCUUCUUCUACACCUCGCGGUAGACUUAAUGUCCCUUCCCCGACUCCAAGCCAGUCGCGAAGGGCGUUCUCAGGUUCCGAUGAACCCGGAACUCGCUCGAACAGUCGUAUGUCCACUCGAUCAUCCCAACAACGAACGAUAUCUGGAGGAUCGUUGUAUGGAACUACGUACGCGUCUCGUCAACGAACAACGAGUUUAACUGGUGCUGCAGCUACUCCACCGCCAAAACGAAACUUUUCAGGUGGACAUACCCGCUCACAAACCGCCACUGCGUCUCAAAAGAAACGCGAUCCUUCACCCAGUCUUUCUGACGCCUCUCUGUCAUUCAAUGGCCGCUCCUCAACAUGGUCAAAGGCGCCGCGUAUCUCUUUUUCCGGAGUACCUCGUGUGUCUACACCACAAAAACGACCUUCUGCGCCACGGAAAGCUUACGUCGCGAAUCCCAAAAGUAAAUUAGACGUAGCUGUUGGGGACGUCGUUAACAGUCUUCCUAUCGGCAUUAAUAUUGAAGGGGUUUUUGGUAGUUGGAAAGAUCAGAGUGGUAAAUACUGGAUAGGAGAUCAAGAACCGAAGCUUUGCUUCUGCAGAAUAUUGCGAUCCCAGACGGUUAUGGUUCGCGUAGGCGGAGGCUGGUCGGAAUUAUCAAAAUUCAUUCGUGAUCAUUUCGCUGAUAGCUUCAGGUUACUUGCCCCCCCAGAUUCCCCUGGUAUGCAUACCUCCGGAGAAGAACGGUGGAUCAGCUCUGCCACUCUUCUGGAGGAACGCGAACAGAAUACCCCACCUGGACCACCUAGAACGCCGGAACCAAGAGGCCCCCUGUUGCCCAGUUUCUCGCUAUCGACUCCUUCCGGACAUAGUCCUCAAUCGAUGAUGUCCACGCCCUCUACAAGAGGAUCACCUUUGACACCGUUACAAUUCAUGCGCCGUGCGGAGCCUGAGGCUCCUUUCUUUGCCCGACCAGAAACACCAACGAAAUCCCCGUCCCGUCCUCGUACGAUUCCUACAACACCUGCUAGACAGUCUGUAUGGAGGCCGUAGAUAUAAUUAUUAAGCACGGAUUUUCGGUUCAUUGCUAUUCUGUCAUACAUACAUAAGUGGACUGUGCUGGGUUUACUGUAAUAUUAUAAUGUCACCUUGCUUGCAAUGGUCAUUGAACAUCCAUAACCUC